CAAAAUGGAAGUUUACAAUAGCACUGGAAACGUCAAGAAGUUCUUCAGGAACUCACAGGUGACCUUUAAGAAAGGCCCUCCUUCUAGGAACAGAUACUCAGUGAUAGAUGGACUCAGAACACAAACUUUUAACUCGAAGAAGUUAAAGAAAAUUACGACAAUUAAGCCUAAGAAGCUGUUUAAAAUCACAAAUGAAAGUUUUGUCAACCAAAAGAAUUCGUAUCGAGAGAAUAUUCCUAAGAGGCGGAAUCUCUCAAUUGAACCAAAGAAGAAGAAAACAGUACUAUUCAAAGCACCAAAUCAUGAAGUUGGCAAAUAAUGUACGCUUUUGUGAAACUAAGAAGAGUGUAUCAAGAAAGGAAGAUAACCCCUUAAGUACUCUUCAAAAUCAUCAAAAGAAGGAAGGAUCUGGAUUUUCCAAUAAUAAUUUCCUAGCUAGUUACCUCCAAAGAAGUGAGAAGAAACUUCAAGAGUGUGAGAUAGACUACAUCAAAGACAUGCUAGACGAUAAUUUUCACGAUGAUGUCAUUCAGGAGAAGCCAGACACACUCCCAGAGAGAUACGUUGGAAAAGGAGCUUUACAAGAGUAUUAUAAAUAAAUAUCAGAGGUUCACAAAACAUUCAGACCGGGUGAAAGCUUCUCCUACCACCCAGUACUUGUCAAAGAUGUAUGAUUCCAAAAUGCCAGCUCCUGCCAUACCUCUGAUCAAGAGAAAAGGCAGCCAAGAUGAACUGAACCUCAAGAAUUUAAACUUAGGAAAGCACCAUAUUUCAGCUCUUAGUAGCUCAGUCCAAGGAUUGGAGUUAAAAUAAUGUGAUUUUGUCAGGAAUCAAGAAUAACGAGCAAGGAGUUUCAGAUAUGUUUGACAACUUACCCAAAGGAGUCCAGACUCUUGACGUCUCGGACAGUUGAGUAGGCUCAAAGAGCUUAGAUAAUCUCUUCUUUUGGAUGAAGAAUGGAUAUAAGAAAGCAACAUUACGCCUGAGAUGAUUGGAUCUCAGUAACAAUAAAAUUCCAGAUGAGUCUGGGGAAGCAUUUUUUAAAAAGAUUAUAUGAAUCGACACUAAGAUUAAGUCGUUAAAUUUAAGCAAAAAUUGGCUAGGGAGUAAAACUAUGUCUCAAAUGGCAGAAUGGGUAGAAGGUAACCCUACUUUGGAAGUUUUGAACCUUGGAUGGAAUCGGAUUCCUGAAUCAGCGGCAGUUUCAUUUUUAAAAGCAAUCUCUUCCAUAUCAAUCAGAGACCUUAAUUUAGCCUAUAACAAGAUAGGUGUGAGUGGUUCAACUAUUGCUGUUGAGGCACUUGCUGAGCUAGCAAAUGAAGGGUCACUUAGACAUCUAGAUAUUAGCUAUACAAAUCUAGAUAAAGAGCAAUGAAAGCUGUUUGGUGAGAAGAUCGAAAACAAUCAUACACUAUUUGGACUUCAUAUUCAGGGUAACCAAUGCUAUAUUGAUUCACAUGGGUUUAUUAGGCAGGAUAAUCAAACCCAGAUGAUGAAGUACUGUGAUUCAACUUUAAUGUUCCCUCAAUCUGUGAAUGGACGUUCACCAGUGGUGAAUCUUCAAUCAAAAGGCCAGUUUGUAUAUGAGACAAAAUGCUGGGUUUGUGAAGGUUGGACAGAGAAAAGAUUUGUCAUCAAAAGUGGAAGAUCUAUGAUAAAUCUCUCAGACCCUGUGUAUAUUCACUUCAAAUUUAAUAACUACGAGGCAGAGUUUAUGAAAAAAAUUCCAAAUAAGAGCACCGGUCAAGCAACAUAUGAGUAUAUAUGAAUGGUACCUCCUGGACGGAACAAAUAUUUCUUCACCUCAAACAAAUAUCAGUACUUUGCUCGCGAUCACCUCAUCUGAAGAGAAAGGUUGGUUGUGCCAGAAAUACAGGUUUAUGACCAGAAGAAAUCCUUUGUCAUGAAUAAGUACAACUAUGUUAUCUGAGACCAAGAAGCAGUCCUUAAUGAAAAGUAUGAGUCAACUCUUGAGCAUUGCUUCCCCAGACAAGAGAAAGGUUUCUAUGUCCCACUGAAUCUUGGAGUGGAGAGACCUCCCUGGAAAUUUGAAGAAUCCCUCUUCGCUUCUUACCAACCUGAUACGAGGGAUUUGAUGGAUUGCAUUUUUGAGUGUGACUGGAAUAUGAUUUCAAGCAAGAAGUUCAAAGCUCCUGAAGAGGAAGCAGGGAUCAAACAAGUUUUCAAAGACAAUUAUUGGAAAAUUAGGGAUAUUUAUAGGUACCAAGCUGCUCUUGGCACUGGUAUUGGAUCCACUCCUUUUGCAAUUUCGUUGAACCAGUUCACUGACUUUAUCAAAUCUACCGGAAUUUUGAGUAUCAAAGGAAUCACUCAGAGCGACAUUGAUAUGAUCUUUAUUAUUUUAAACAAGAGAUAUAAAAAGACAGAUCUAAACCCAGGAAAUGCUAUCAUCAGAUUCCAGUUCCUUGAGGCUUUACUGAAACUGAGUCAGAAGAAGGCAAGCACUGAGAAAAAUACUGAAGAGACUAUCAGAGAUUUUAUUGAGAAUAGUGUUCUUACAACUCAUAAACGAUGACUUGCUCAAGAAUGGAGAGAGAAGAAUUACUGGAACGAGUUUGUGGACAAUAUCUAUAAAGCUCAUGAAGACUUACUCAAGGAACUUUAUAGUCGGUAUUCCGGAGCUAAGUCGCUUCCUGGGCAACCAAAGUUUAUGGAUAAUUCAGAAUUUGAACAACUUUUCAAUGAUUCUGCCUUGCAGAAUAAUCAGAUUUCUAAUAGAGAAGUUAACUUAUGCUUCUUCUUCUCUAUGCAAAGUCAAGUUGAUGAAGUUGAGUCCAAGAAGUUUACAGAGAUGACCUACAUCGAAUUUCUAGAAGCAUUAGCAAGAUUAGCUGAUGCAGUUUCUUUGCCUCCACCAACAGAGGAUUAUAAAAUCAAAUACAAAUUAUUAGUAGAGACUAAAAAGACACUGAGAGCUUCUUCAUCUAUUCGACCAUCUGUCUCAGACUCCUCUUCAGAAGAAGAGGAGAAAAAUUUCUAUGAAAUGGACCUAGUAGACCGCUUAGAGCAGCCAUUGCAUAAGAAAAUUGAAAAUAUUUUGCCUAAUCUCCUGCUCAAUUGAACCUCGAUGAGAUUCUUGAAGCAAUGGACUUGGCCUGUAAAGCAUCCUGAAUACGAUCUGUAUGAAAAUAAGAAGUAUAAGGUCAACGUGAUUAAGAAAAUAAUGGCUAGAAGAGUUAGCAGGCUGUUCUUCCACAAGCUAGGGAUCAAGAAGAUAGUAGACAACGCUGUGAAGAAGAACCGAAAUUUGUUAUCUAUCUAGUUGAGUACCUUUUAAUUCAA